UCAGAGUUCAGGCCACACUGAUGUCGUCAUGCGCUGAAGAUGGCAGACGGGGAAGGAGGAUGGUGGGGAGGCUGGCUGACACAAAGCUUCCAGAGCGUCAAAGACAAGUCAGCCGAGGCUUAUGAGUUCAUCAAACGGGACCUGACCGAAUUCUCCAGCGUGGUCCAACAUGACACGGCAUGCUCUGUUGUUGCAACAGCGAAUGCAAUUAAAAGCAAACUGGCAGUUGAAGGUUCAUCAGAGACCACAGAAAAGGUGAAGAAGGGUAUUACAAACAUACUAGGCGUAAUCACAGACACUUUAGCCCCGCCCCCAGACAAGACCAUUGACUGUGAUGUCAUCACUCUGGUGGCCACUCCUACGGGCACAACAGAGGUGUACGAUAGCGGCAAGGCUCGACUUUACAGUCUUCAAGCUGACCCUGCUACUUACUGCAAUGAGCCUGAUGGCCCCCCACAGCAGUUUGACUCCUGGCUGUCCACUUUCAGUUUGGAAGAGAGGAAAGGAGAGAUCUCUGAACUGCUGGUCAACAGUCCCGCCAUAAGAGCCCUGUAUACUAAAAUGGUCCCGGCAGCAGUGGCUCAUGCAGAGUUCUGGCAGCGGUACUUCUAUAAAGUGUUCCAGCUGGAGCAGGAGGAGGCCAGGAGGGUAGCGUUAAAGCAGCGAGCAGAGCAGACGGACCAUUCUGAGAGUCUUGGCUGGGAGGAGGAAGAGGAAGAAGGUGAGUUUCUCGGGGCCACGUCUUCAUCCCGCUUGGACUUCACACCCCCUGUUGAAGAGUCUCGUGUCCCUGCGGUGACGAUAGCGGACACUCCUGAAAGCUCUUCUCCUCCGCAGGCGGUGGCUUCUCUAAGUAAUGUAGCAUCAGAUGUCACUCCCUCUGUGAGCAGUGACAGCGUCAGCUUUCCCACCCAGAUCGAGAACCAAGCGGAGUCUGUGACCAUCAGAGUCACGCAGCCAUCACCCGCUGCAGACGAGCUUUCUCAGAAACUCUCAGAGGCCGGUCUACAGGAGACGUUCCCGGAGGAGCGACCCACGCAGCGUGAAGAGACUGCCAGAGAGGACAUAGCUCAAGACUUGCGAGUGUUUGAGCUCAACUCGGACAGCGGCAAAUCCACACCCUCCAAUAACGGCAAAAAAGGUUCGAGUACAGAUGUCAGUGAAGACUGGGAGAAGGAUUUUGAUCUGGAUAUGACGGAGGAAGAGGUUCAGAUGGCUUUGUCAAAAGUAGACGCAACAGAAGAGUUGGAAGAUGAGGACUGGGAGAACUGGGAGUGAGAAUCAGGUGGAGGGAUUUCUGGCCUGAUAUCGACGUGAGACGUUGCUGUUCCCAAAGUGAACCAUGCUUAAUGUAUUUAACUCCUAGUCUACGGCCACACGUGUUCAUUCAAGCAGUCCAGUGAGCGAGUCACGUCCUGCGAAUGAAAUUUACAUGCUAGCUAAACAUGUCUGAAGUGUGCUCUUUAAUCAUUUGCUGGCAGAAGAAAUGAUCUGCUCUCAAAAAUAUGACCAAGUCAAACACUAAGACUGUUCAGAGAAAACCUGUAUGGGUUAAUGAGGAGAGGUCAUCUCGUAAUUACCAUUUGUACCUGCCGUGUGUACAUUAUCGUAAUUCUUCUUCUUUGGAGAUUUCAGCGGGAGAAAUUGCUAAUUAACUGCUGGGGCUCCUGGUUAGCUGUAAUCUAUUAUGCUGUUCAUCAUUCUUAUAGGAUUAGAAGAUAAUCCUUCACAUGAAAAAUAUAUGUAAGUUAUGUUUUUUUUUUCUGGCAUAUAGGCUUCUUUUUAAGUUAGCUUCUCUUGAAAUACUAACAUCUUUAAUCUUAUGCAAGUUAUUCUAGCAUUGAGAAUGUGAAUGGAGGGACACUUCAUUCAUUCUACUGAUGCUCCAUGGCCUUGUUCAAUGUGGUGUGGAAUGAAAAUUAUUACAUGCAAAAUUUCAACAUCAAAGUUACUAUUUCACUAAAUGCACCUGUUGUUUCA